AUGGUUAGAGUGGGCAUUGUUCUUGGCCACAAAGUCUCUCAGAAGGGCAUAGAGGUGGAUCCAGCCAAGGUAGAUAUCAUUUCAAAGCUGCCACCACCAAUCAACGUGAAGGGGAUCAGAAGCUUCUUAGGGCAUGCAGGAUUCUACAGAAGAUUCAUCAAAGAUUUUUCCAAGAUAGCUAAGCCUCUCAAUUCAAAGCCAAGAUUGAUCCGGUGGAUUCUUCUGUUACAAGAGUUUGAUUUAGAAAUCAAAGACAAAAAGGGGUGUGAGAAUCAUGUUGCUGAUCACCUAUCAAGGCUUGUCAAUGAGCAGUGUGUAGUGAGUGAAAGACCCUGGUUUGUUGAUAUGGCAAAAUACAAAGCAGCAGGGGUUGUUCCGGAAGAGUACAACUGGCAACAAAGGAAGAAGUUCUUCAGAGAUUCUAAUUACUAUGUCUGGGAUGAUCCGUAUUUGUUUAAGAUAGGUGCUGAUGGUUUACUAAGGAGUUGUGUCUCUGGGGCUGAGAUCAGAGAUAUUCUCUGGCAUUGCCAUAACUCACUCUAUGGAGGGCAUUAUAAUGGAGAAAGAACAACAACAAAGGUUCUCCAAUCUGGAUUUUAUUGGCCAAACUUGUUCAAAGAUGCAUAUGAACAUUGCAAGAGAUUUGAUUACGUUUCAAAAUGGGUGGAGGCUAGUGCUGUGCAGAAAGCUGAUGCCAAAACUGUCAUAAAUUUUUUAAAGAAAAACAUUUUUUGCAGGUUUGAAUUACCAAGGGUACUCAUUAGUGAUGGUGGAUCUCAUUUUUGCAAUGCUCAAUUGCAAAAAGUUCUGGAGCACUAUAAUGUGAGGCACAAGGUCGCCACACCUUAUCAUCCUCAAACCAAUGGGCAGGCUGAGGUAUCCAACAGGGAGUUGAAGAGAAUUCUGGAGAAGACAGUGGUCAGUUAUAGGAAGGAUUGGGCUUUAAAGUUAGAUGAUACACUUUGGGCCUAUAGGACUACAUUCAUGUCUCCUAUUGGGUUCUCACCAUUUCAACUUGUCUAUGGUAAGGCUUAUCAUCUGCCAGUUGAAUUGGAACAUAAAGAAUUUUUGGCUUUGAAGGCCUUAAAUUAUGAUUUGAAGGCAGCAGGGGAGAAAAGAAAGCUUUAA